ACAAGAUAACAGCAAUGUACCACUUGCAUCGUUAACGAGCUUGAAGUUAACAGUUCAUAAGAUAUCUGUGUACUAGUCUAGCAAAAUAUUCGAGGAUGAAGUGUUAUUGGAUCGCCUUACUAUUUUCAGCUGCAGGGGCUCGAGCCUCGGAGGAUUCCGAUGGUAAUACCUGCAAUGCCAAUUACGCUCGUUUACUAGAACUUAACACACAGGAGCAGACACUGAGGCUUGAGUUAGAGACGCGGGUUCGGAGCCUACAGGACCAAGUUGAAAGUCAACAGUCAAGUGUUGACAGACUGACAGUUGAAAUGCAAAACAGUAAGAAACAAGUUGCUUUCUCAGGCAAGUUGAGCAGAAACAUACCGAGUUCAGAGGGCAAGAACGUCGCAAAAUUCGAUACAGUAAUCACCAACGUUGGCAACGCGUACAGUACUACCACGGGAGUCUUUACCUGUCCAGUCAGCGGGAUAUACCUGUUUGUAUGCAAUAUUGUUGGUGGUCCAACAGGCCAAACUCGGAUAAGAGUAUAUCAUAACGGGAAAGCAAUCGGACGCCCUUGGACCGGGAACGGAGUUCACGAACCAGGAGCAGACAGCACUGUGAUCCAUGCUGAAGCCGGAGACGAGGUGUAUGUCAAAGAUUUGAUUACAUGGUCAAUAAAUCUUGAUAACUUUUCGAAAUUUACCGGAGUUCUUAUCAAAGCUGACUAAUGACUUUUAAAAUAUAUUGAAAUGGCAGUCGUCACGUUAAUUUUUGUUUAUGUUUUGUCAAAUUUGUUUCUUGUUAAGUAUUACUAAAUGAAUAUGAACAUUACAGUUGAAACUCAUUAACUCAAGCUCGCUUACCUCGAAAUGCCGCCUAUCUUGAAGAAUGUCACAUGUCUAGUCAAAAUACCUUCUUAAUGUUUGUAUUCUAAAUCCGGUUAAGUCAAAUUCGACAUACUUACACUUCGGUUGUGUCGAAACAACUUAGAAGUUCCCUCAGUCAAAUUCCUACAUAUUUACGUCUCGGUGUGCCGAUGCGAAAAUUGUUUACAUAAAUAAAUACGUGAUCAUGCGUGCAAUUAUUACAAAAAUUAUGAACAAAAUGCAUGUGGCAUUUUAAGUCAAAUUUCGGUUGUCGGUACCUCGCAAUAUGAGUUAACAGAUUCAACAGUAUGCGUAUUAUAUAAAGCUAUCAAUACUUCAAAGUUAAAGUAUCCGAUCCACAAAUAGAUAACAUUUUAAUGACCCCAUGUUAGCUUGGUAUCUGUCUGCAGAACAAGAAUAAGUAAAUAAGAUGACCAUGAUAAUAUCAUCGGCACGAAUCACUAAAAUCAUGAUUUUUUCGACUGCGAAAUGAUAAAUCUUACACUGUAAUGACUGGAUUUCUGUUGAAUUAUCAUUGACUUCGUUUAUUAUAUAAUAAUAAUGUAAUGAAUGCAUGGUACACUAAAGACAAUUGUUUCCCUUUAAUAUAUUCAUAGCUGAUUGUUCAUUCCACAUACCGUAUAUUAUAUACCACAACAUUGUAAUUUGCAAUGAUCAGUACAUGUUUUUGCGUUUACAAACUUUAACUUCGAAAUUCAAAUAAUCUUUCUCAAUAAAGAUACUCUAAAUCACAUUUUCGAAUGAUUAUCUUCUUGAAAUACAACUCGAAUAAUGUUGAGCAACUCCAAAAAGGACAUGCAUUUUAAAAUUUUAAUGAAUAAGUAUGUAUUUAGACUCUCUAUUAUUUUCCUUUAGUCAUAAAUGUUGAAAUAAAUGUGAAUACCCUUUAAAACAGUCUUUAUUGCCCGUGUGUUGUUGUAAUUGCAAAAAAAAAAAAAAAAAAAAAAUAGUCAAGAUAAGAUUUUGACAGUUUUGUUUUGAUUACAUCUUUAAAAUGCAGUUUUUUUAAUCUCGACGCAUGCACUUUCAAAAAAGAUUUUAUCUCCUUUUUCAAAACAUGAAUCGCGUUGUUCUUUUUCGUUAUAUGUUUUUAACUUUAAGUAGAAGUGUAUUUGAUUAUUAGUGUUUGCUUUUUUUUGCGUUUUGUGAGAUUUGGAUAACAUUAUUUUUUUUAAGAUACCAGCAGUUUUACUCAGCAAAUGAUAUUGCUUCGAUUCAAGUGAUACUACAACUUACCAAGCAAAUGUCUUUUUUUAUAAAUUAUAUCUCCUUUAUACUAGAUGUUAUAUUGUCGCAAACAUCUGAAUUUCAAUUUUCAAAAAUUGAUCAAGCUAAUAUCGUCGUCACAAGUUCCUACUUUUCAACGUAUCAUGCAGGUAGCUGCUUAACCUUUACACUGCUAAGUUUCUAAAAUGGACUGGUCUAUCUUUCAAUUUUGGCUGUACCAUUUAUCAUUUGAAGGGGUGUUCACUGUAAAUUUACUGAUUGAAUAGCGAACAGUGCUGAUCUUGGCCUGUACGGGUUGCAAAGGCAAAACACUUGCCACCAGCAGGCUUUAUAAGCUUUGUGUCCCUCUGUCUUAUAACAUUCUGGUUGAAACGUAGUCUUAAAUGCAGACGCUUGUAUUUGUCAAGUAAUAGAUCCAUUACGUGAUAUUGUGUAAUAUUUCACUAAACGUGGUCGUUUACUGAACGCAAUCGUACUGAUAUAAUAUCAGCUAUCAACAUUUCAAUCACCACAUUUUCAUCACAUUUAGUCGAUUAUAAAAAAAGACCUUGAAGUCUGCAUAUUUUAUGGCACUUUUUGGUAAUACUCUAACCAGACAAAAGCGAUAGACCUGCAAAGCCAAAAAAAAAGACACGAAGUGAUACAUGUACUGUGAAAUAUUAAAAUAUUGAUAACACCUACAACAUGAAAAAGCUUCUAAUAAAUAUUGCAAUCAGAAUGAGUUCAAUUGUCUUU